UGCAAGCCGAAAGCCACGGGCUGCACAUACUUCGACACUCCUUAGAAUGACUUGGUAUGAAGUAUUGAGAAUCUACGUCUUCUUCCACCCAAAAGAUUGUCGUUCUCCUGAAAAUUCGGCUAUUUCUAGAUAAUGGUUGUGACUGACUUCGCAUUGGGCCGAGGAUGGCUGAUCUUCAGGUACCGUGAUAGUUCUGAAAGGUAAGAAAUAUCUACCAUUAGGUCAAGGGUCUUUUCAAAAUUCGAUAAAUUUUAUCAUAUUCGAACUCACAUCGCACAAGACCCACCCCACCAGCUUGGUGGAAAAUUAGUGGCGAAUGAUGUUUUCGUUUUUCAGAAAAAGAAAAAUGUUAGAGGCGGCUAGGGCGUCAGGACAAUCAGGCUUCAAUCUUAAACCAAGCCUUUGGUUUAAAAUCUUGGAAAUUUGAUCUCAGAGGUGACGGUGUACUGAUUCUCUUCGAAAGGCUCGGGCGCUUUAGAGGAAAGGAACUGGUUUUGAGUAGACUUGGAGUCAUGCGAAGAAGACAUUUAUCUUCUUUCGUCUGGCCAAAGCCACAACUAGUUUGCCUUUCAGCCCGUCCAUACUGCGAGGCUUUUGGAAGGAUUUUGGGAGAUUUUGAGGAACUUUCGUGUGACGGGCUUCGAUAUCAGUAAGGCAAAAUUUGGUCAAGGUCUGGAGCAAAUCGGUAGGAAAGAUAAAAUCAAUCAUUCUACUAUCGGGAUGGGGACUGGUACUCAUGGUGAGUUUAAUACAUUAUUUUGUUCGACUCCAGAGAGCUUUUUAUAUAUUCAUAAAGCUGUGGGAUUUCAAGUGGCAGCCCAGCCAGCCUUAUAUGCUAGACUCCUCAGAAUGUUAUGAUGGCUAUUGGUUUGUCCAGUAUUUGACUUUCGAUUCGAUAUCAUUGCAUGGAGAAUUGUAUCUCUAAAGUUAUCAAGAAAUCUUUGAUGUCUUUUCAGUAGAAAGUAAUUCAACAUGGAUCAUUCACUCCGCUUUGAGAACCUACCAAUUAGAAAAAGUUUUCUGAAACAGCCAUAAAUUUCUUGAAUCUCCAUCUUAUUCUUCAAAGUCUAUGAUCAACUACUUUAGUACUCUUUAGUUACCUGAUUAUUUGUCUUAUUUAUCAAGGACAUACAAUGGGCUCUCCUGACAAGGCAAUCCUCAUUGAUGAUGCUGUAGAUGUGGAGUUUGGAAUUGGCAGUGGUAAGAGUAUUCUUUUUAUUAUAAUGUUAUCAGCCUGCCACCUUCAACCGGAUCGUUUAUAAACUGAUUGUAAAAUAUUGUCUGUCAAUCAUGGAAACUUUUAGCUAACGUUAUGAUGGAAAGUCUCUUCUAGCUAUGCAUCUAAAAUGAGACCAUCUUCACCAGCUUUAUCAGAAGCAUCUUCUUGUACCCUGAGAGAAGACGGUCCAGACCCAGUAAUAGCGUCAAAUCCUGUAGUUGAAGAUUCCAUCACCCUCAAUGCGAGGUCAAAUUCUGCAUCUUUCUCUGAGUUGCCUAUCACAAUUCCCACGCCCACCAAGAAACGGCUGCGAGAGGACGUUGAGUUAUCUUGGUCAACUCGGGAGAUCUUUAACACAGCCAAGCGCCACAUCGGAGCUCCGGUCGCAGCUUUUCAUAAUACCUAUACUAAUUCUAGACCUCUUCAAAUCCGGACUGUUCCGCAAGCUGCCUCCCUCAACCAGAAAAUUCCGUUACACAGCUUGCGUACCCACCAAUUAAAACCUCGGUUCGAUUCUCCUCCUCUUCCAGUUCAGCCCAAUGCCCGCCCUAAUACAAUCCGCCAUGUUCCUCUCCCUAUGACACUAAAGCGAGUCAUCAACCUCGACGAAGAAGACUUUCCUACAAAAUUUCAAGUACCUCCUGGGAGCAAAGUCAUCGAUCUAGAAGACUAUGAGAUAGAAGCUGAGCUGGAGAAAGAGAUUUUUGGAAUUGAACCACAAAUCCUAGCCCAAGCUAACUUUCAACGUGCUUCUCUUGCUGAACGUAACCCUAAGAUCGUACUUCCAAAUGUCGAGGAUGAGUCCUUACCGUGGAAAUCCAGUCUUCUCAGACCAGGGAAAACAGUCGAGCUCAGCAAUGGAACGUUUCUGAAAAUCAAAUCAAUUGUCAGGAAUGUUACAAAUGAUGAAGUUUCCAUUAGAGGAUGGAAGCUCGUGCGUACUCGUGACUCUAUUUUCGGUGGAAUUGCAGGAAAGAAGAGGAACGAAUUGGCAUUUAUCCAUGAAAUAGAUGGGAAUGAUAGACGUGAUGCUUUGGAACAGUCUGCGCACACAAUCCGAGUUGACGAGGUUGUAAAGAUACGACGUCUAAUUUGUACUAAUAAAUCGUUCCCUGAAUGUAGAUACAACAAAGAGGACAUUCCCUCAGAAAUUCGAAACAAGGGGGAGAAAGAAAUACUGCAAUAUGUGGAGGAUGAGAUGUUAUUGGUGGCUAGGAGAGCUUUUGUGGCCAGGUAUACAGACGCGGAGGAAAGACUGCGGAAAGGUCCACUCGUGGAUCGACCUAGACACUCAGCGAUUUUGAGAUCCCUAAAAAAGGAAGAGUGUACGGAGGGAGAGUUUAUUGAUCCGGACAUUAAGAAGAAGCAGUGGAGAAGCGAAACUGUUCUAGGUGGCUCGGGAAAUCUCAACAAUGUGGAUAAUCCAUCCAGCUCUAGCUCUAAAUACACGUACGGCGAUGGAUGUAGGUUCACCUUUUCUCUUAUACAUGUAAUCAUCUAACAGCCACUUUAGAUUGUGGAGCAGGAGGUAUGACAGUGGGUGCUGCAGCUGCCGGUCUUAAAGUUAAAUGGGGCUUUGAUUUCAACCCUCACGCAGGCCUUACAUGGGAGAACAACUUCCCUCUCGCCAAAUUUCAUCUUCUCCCAGUCAAUGAAUUCGCAGCUCUCCCAGAUCCUCGCAACGAUCUCUGGGUCGACAUCCUCCACCUAUCUCCUCCCUGUCAAGUUUUUUCGCCUGCCCAUACGGUUCCAGGGCGCAAUGAUGAAAUGAAUUAUGCGAGUCUUUUUGGCGUCAGAUGUGCGAUUGAAAAGGCUCGACCAAGAAUUGUCACUUUGGAACAGACUUUCGGGAUCUUACAUCCACAAAAUAAAGACGCUUUUAAUGGGUUAAUUACCUGUUUUACCGAUUUGGAAUUUGAUGUUUCGUGGCAAGUGGUGAAGUUUCAGGGAUAUGGGUUGCCAAGUAGGAGAACUAGAUUAAUCAUCCUUGCGUCUUGGUAUGUCGUUUUCCUAUCCCUUCAUUCACUCCCUUCUUCCCUAACCCUCUUCCAUAUCAUAACCUAACACCCAACAGUCCAGGAGAAGCCCUCCCUCACAUGCCCAAAUACACCUACCAUCCCCCACACCUCCGCAGCGCCACCAAAAAACCCUACAAAACCCCCAACCAAGUACUCUCCACCAUUCUCCCCAACGUCCCCAACCACGAACCACACAGUCCGCAACUAAACCGUGCAAACUACGUACCCUGGGACGGUUCCCUCAUCUGCGGUUGCAUACUAACUAGCGGCGGUAUCGGACUCGGCUUACCAGAUGGUAGUCGCGGAAUGACCAAUAGAGAAUUAGCUGCUCUGCAGGGGUUUCCUUCAAAACAUGUUUUUUAUGGACAGGAAAUUAGGAAACAGGUGGGGAAUGCGGUACCGCCUGUUUUUGGGAGGAUUUUGUUGGGAAGUGUGAGGAGACAGCUUGAGAGAAGGGAUGGGUGGGUUAGAGGGGAGGGAAUUGUGAUUAGUGAUGAUGGGGAGUGAGAGAUUGGGAUUUUGGAGAUUGGGAAAUUGGAAGAUCGUGAGUGUGAUCUUUUGCGACAUGAGUAUAUGGGUAUGUUAUUUUUUGUCUGUCUGCAUAGAUAGAUAGAAUGAGUAGAGCUUCGAAUAUA